AUGGACAUGCUAGGAAUCAGCACUCAGUGUAAAGUACGAGAGUGCUUUAAAUGUGCAGGAGACACGGAAUUCUUCUGCAAGACGAGUAAACAUGACCUGUGUCUACAUUGUAAAGAGAGACAUGUAAUUGAUUUAAAUACCAUCUAUCAUGACGUUGUGAUUUACCGUGAGAAGUAUGAAUAUGUCCCAAAACAAGAGACCUGUGUAAGACACCCAGAUGAAAUGUAUCGAAUGUACUGUCAAACAUGUGAACUUCCUGUCUGUUUUCAAUGUAAAGAACACAGAAAACACAGAUUACUGGACAUCAGAGCAUCAUAUGAAACAAACCGUCAACAGCACAGAGAAAUUAUUCGUAACAUUAGAAGUUAUAUUCUCUAUGAGAGAUGUUUUCUUCUGACUCGAAUCAAAUCUAAUAUAAAGAAUUGUCCUGUGGAAAUCUCUGAAAGUCAGGUAGAAAUGUCAAUGAAAGCCCAGAGACUAAAAAACCUUAUAGACACUGUGAUAUGUGAUAUUAAAAUCAAGCAGAAAUCUUUUAUGAUGCAUAGAUUAAAUCAACAGAAGAAAAUAAUGAAAGGACACAUUGCACGCAUAGAGAAGUAUAGUCACAGAUUUGAACAAUUAGCAAAAAAGUCAGUAAAAUUCCUCUCAUUUUUGAAAAAAACUCAUGUCCAAAAGAUAAAGGGUACCUCAAAUCUUACACAACAAACCUUGUUCUCCGUGACUAAAGUAAUCAACUUUGACGAUGUUAUAACAUGUAAAAGGCUACUGAGUAAAGUUCAAAUCAUAGAGACUGCAAGAAAAAUUCUGAGCAAUGAAGAUAUGAUGUACCUGUUGUCUAGCCCCAUGUUACUUAGAUCUGUCACGGUUAAAGAUGUUAGAUGUGUGAGACACAUUUCCCAUGUGACAUCAGACAAGGUCUGGGUCAGUGACAAGGACAAUAUUGUGUUAAUAAACACUGAAGGUGAUACACUAUAUAGUCUGAAAGGUUUAAAUGUUUCAGGUCUGAAGUGUGUACACACGGUGAACGUGACAGGUGAACUCAUCUAUAUAGACUGCUAUGGUAAUAUAAACACAUUAUCCAAAGAUAACAAAACACAGUUUACACUGAUAGAGAAAACAGAAAUAUGGGAAUCACGUUGCAUCUUCUGUUCUCCUUCCAAUGGAUAUUUACUUGUGAUGUAUAGAGAUGAUCCUAUAGAAAUGGCCAAGGUAAAACGGUAUUACGCCAAAAAACGACUUAUACAGACUGUUCAAAACAGACUGUAUCGCAGACCUGUGUGUAUCACGGAGAAUCGCAAUGGGGAUGUUGUUGUGUCUGAUAUUGACCGUGUAGUGGUGACAGAUCGUAGAGGUAGACAUCGGUUCUCCUACACAGGUCCUCCAUCAGGAUCAGGACUGGCACCUCAAGGAAUCUGUACAGACGUGAUGUCACAUAUCCUGGUGUGUGAUGAUAACACGAACUCAGUGCAGAUGAUUGACAAAGAUGGCCACUUUCUGUCACUUAUAUUGACACCACAACAAGGGAUAAACAGACCAGUGUCCCUGUUUUAUGAAGACAAAACUAACUUACUCUGGGUAGGAUCAUUGUUGAACAACACAGUGUGUUUAUACAGAUACAUUGAGAGAAAACACUUAAUUUGA